CCGUGCCCGCGCCGCGCGGCCGCCAUGUUGUUGUGGCGGUGAGAGGCGGCGGCGGCAGCCGGAGCCCAGCGAGCCGGGCCCAGGCAGGCGGCCGAGCCCCGGGGACCGGCUGUGGGGGCCCCGCGCCAUGCCCGGCCCUGCCCCGCGCUCUGUUCUGUUGAUGGGAUCCGAGCAGAUGUUGCCCUUCUCUGACGGUGAGCUCUCAUUCAGCACUAAGGUAUGAAGACUUUUCCUCUUGCAUAAGAAGACUUGAUUUGUUCUGGUUGAGGAAGAAACAGUUUGGCAGCUUGCUAAAGGAAGCAGUGGAUGAGGGAGUAGCAACUUCAUCUGGGAAGAGCAGCUAGGUGGUGGUCUGGUGAGUCAGGUGGCUGCCAUCCUGGAGAUUUAGAUGUGUCCCUGCCCUGCUUUGGAUCGUGGCGCCGGGUGUUGCCAAUGUGAAAUAUUGGAAGAGUAUCGCCUGAAACUUUCUGGGACAAAGAGGACUGUUUUAUUCUCUCUCAUAUUUUGAUUUUAUUAAAAAGUGAAGAAGAGCCUCAAAAUACUGCAAGUAAAGACGAGGAUUCCUCCUCCUGUCCAGGGCCUGUCAUGGAUGAAGAGACUCAGCACAGCCUUGAAUGCAUCCAGGCUAAUCAGAUUUUUCCCAGGAAGCAGCUUAUCCGAGAGGAUGAGAACCUUCAGGUCCCGUUCAUUGAACUUCAUGGUGAGAGUACAGAGUAUGUAGGACGAGCAGAGGAUGCCAUCAUUGCACUUUCUAAUUACAGACUUCACAUCAAAUUCAAGGAGUCUGUUGUGAACGUUCCAUUGCAGCUUAUAGAAAGUGUUGAGUGCCGUGACAUAUUUCAACUCCAUUUGACUUGCAAAGACUGCAAAGUUAUAAGGUGUCAGUUCUCUACUUUUGAGCAGUGUCAAGAUUGGCUGAAGCGUCUGAACAAUGCCAUCCGCCCUCCUUCAAAGAUAGAAGACCUUUUCUCAUUUGCCUAUCAUGCUUGGUGCAUGGAGGUGUAUGCUAGUGAAAAGGAACAGCAUGGAGACUUGUGUCGGCCAGGAGAACAUGUAACUUCAAGGUAAAAUGAAGUGGAGAGGAUGGGUUUUGAUAUGAACAAUGCCUGGAGGAUUUCCAACAUCAAUGAGAAGUACAAGCUCUGUGGCAGUUACCCACAGGAAAUCAUAGUUCCCGCCUGGAUCACGGAUAAAGAGCUGGAGAGCGUGGCAAGCUUUCGAUCCUGGAAGCGCAUCCCUGCUGUUGUGUACAGGCACCAGAGCAAUGGAGCAGUUAUUUCCCGCUGUGGACAACCCGAGGUCAGUUGGUGGGGCUGGAGGAAUGCAGAUGACGAGCACCUUGUCCAGUCGGUAGCCAAAGCCUGUGCCUCAGAUUCGAGGUCCAACAGUAACAAACUAAUGAAUGGAAAUUGUUCCAGAGAUUUCUCCAAUGGAGGAGACCUCUCUGAUGUGGAAUUUGAUUCCUCCAUCUCUAAUGCUUCGGGAGCAGAGAGUUUGGCAAUACAGCCUCAGAAGCUUUUGAUCUUAGACGCACGAUCCUACGCAGCAGCUGUGGCGAACAGAGCCAAAGGUGGAGGCUGUGAGUGCCCAGAGUAUUAUCCAAACUGUGAAGUAGUAUUCAUGGGAAUGGCAAACAUUCAUUCUAUCCGGAAGAGCUUUCAGUCCCUGCGUUUGCUCUGCACGCAAAUGCCAGAUCCAGGAAAUUGGUUAUCAGCUCUGGAAAGUACCAAGUGGCUGCAGCACUUAUCUGUGCUUCUGAAGUCUGCGCUACUCGUGGUUCAUGCUGUGGACCGAGACCAGCGACCUGUCUUGGUGCACUGCUCCGAUGGCUGGGACCGAACCCCCCAGAUAGUGGCGCUGGCCAAACUGCUGCUAGAUCCAUAUUACAGGACCACAGAGGGUUUCCAGGUGCUAGUGGAGACGGAGUGGCUGGAUUUUGGCCACAAGUUUGCAGAUCGCUGUGGCCAUGGUGAGAAUUCGGAUGACCUAAAUGAGCGCUGCCCAGUGUUUUUACAGUGGCUGGACUGCGUCCAUCAGCUCCAGAGGCAGUUCCCUUGCUCUUUCGAGUUUAACGAAGCAUUCCUUGUCAAAUUGGUGCAGCACACCUACUCUUGCCUCUUUGGUACAUUCCUGUGCAACAAUGCGAAAGAGAGAGGAGAAAAACACACUCAGGAACGGACCUGUUCUGUCUGGUCUUUGCUGCGGGCAGCAAACAAAGCCUUCAAAAACCUGCUCUACUCCUCCCAGUCUGAAUCUGUGCUGUAUCCAGUGUGCCAUGUGCGUAAUUUAAUGCUCUGGAGUGCUGUUUACCUGCCAUGCUCUUCCCCCUCCACACCUGCUGAUGACACCUGUGCCCCAUACCCUGUUCCAGGCUCUAACCCUGAAGAUCAGCCUCUGGGCAGGUUACCAAAGACAAGAUCAUUUGACAAUCUGACGACAGCCUGUGAUAGCAGCAUGCCUACAACCAAUCGACGCAGUAGCGACCCCAGCCUAAACGAGAAGUGGCAAGAGCACCGCCGGUCUCUCGAGCUGAGCAGCCUCGGGAAUCCCGGGGACGAUCCGUUUGAUGGAGACAGCCUGAGUAAACAAGGCAGAGCUCUGGUUGGAGCAGAGCUUUCUGUUGCAGCCGGUGUGGCAGAGGGACAGAUGGAGAACAUUUUGCAAGAGGCCACUAAAGAUGAUGUUGGUCUGGAGGAGCACUUAAGGGGCAGCCUAGAGCCAGCAGGUAAAGCGGAUGAGAUUGCCCUGGAGAAGGAGAAGAGGACUGAAAAUCUGCAUGGGUAUGUCAGUGACCUCUGUGAAAAGACGGAGGUGGAUAGAGGUAUUGUCAUGAACAAUCCACAUCCAGUAUCACAAGGUGCUUCUGAGCUUAGAGGACACCAGGAUGAACAGACUGAUCUCAGUAACACUAUCCAGCAGUUACCUCAGGUGAAAGGACUAUCGACUGUUCCUUUGGAGAGUUCUGUAAACAGAGACACUCAGAAGAACACGGAGGAAGGUGUUAGCAAGCUUGAAGGAGAAGCAGAGAGCCCGUACAGCACAUCGCAGGCCAGCCUUCCGUUACCUCUUACAAUCCCACCCGAGGCAAGAACAUCCAACAUCGAAAGUUCUACGGAAACCUUAACAGAGAGUGAAGCCAAGCAGGAGCUGAUUGCUAAGGGUCCGUGCCACAGACUUCACCCGAUCAACAACAGUGCUGACGAACUCUCGCGAACUAUUGAGAACAGGCCAGAGGGGGAAAGCAUGAUAGAGCUUCAAAAACUGGGCACAAAAGCACAUAGGACUUCUGGUAGCAGCAGCACGCACCUCCCGAUGCCUUCCCCUUGUGCCUUGCCUUUAGCUGAAUGUAAAGAUGAGAUUGUCUGUAAUGGAGAGCUGGAGCCCGAGAACAAGAUGACCGAGAAGCCCGUGGGGUUUAGCAUCAUGCAGAAAUACCACGCGACAAACGGGCAUUGCGUGAACGGGGAGGACGGCAGGAUCAAGGCCUCUCUGAGUCGGCAGGUCUCCGCAGCUAGCUGUAGUUCCGCGCAGUUUCACUUGCGGAACUUGCACCAAAAAUGGCUGUUUAGCCAUCUGGGGAAGCAGCAGGCAGCCAGCAGCCCAGACCAACCUGCCAGAAGUCACCUGGACGAUGAUGGGAUGCCCGUCUACACCGAUGUUAUCCAGCAGCGCCUGCGCCAGAUAGAAACCGGGCAUCAGCAAGAAGUGGAGACCUUGAAGAAGCAAGUGCAAGAGUUGAAAAGCCGGUUGGAGAGCCAGUUCCUGAACAGCUCCCUGCGUCUCAAUGGUGAUUAUGGAGACGAAGUGACUUCUAUACCCGACUCGGAAAGCAAUCUGGAUCAGAACUGCUUGUCUCGCUGCAGCACAGAGAUUUUCUCUGAAGCCAGCUGGGAACAGGUGGAUAAACAGGACACAGAGGUGACACGAUGGCUUCCAGACCACCUCGCUGCGCACUGCUAUGGCUGUGACAGCACCUUCUGGCUGGCCAGCAGGAAGCACCACUGCAGGAAUUGUGGAAAUGUGUUCUGCUCCAGUUGCUGUAACCAGAAGGUGCCAGUUCCUAGUCAACAGCUCUUUGAACCCAGCAGAGUCUGCAAAUCAUGCUACAGCAGCUUGCACCCAAGCAGUUCCAGCCUUGAUCUUGAACUGGAUAAACCCAUCACUGCCACGUCUAAUUAAAGUUCCAGCCUAGAAGCAGCGGGAAGCAGCCGCGUCGACUCUUCCCCGCACAGACAUGCACAUUCUCAGUGGGCUGAGGCUGGGAGGAGGAGGGAGCCGUGCACUUUGGAGGCUGGGGUGUGGAACACUGCUCGGUGGGACAGACCUUGAGGACGUACCGCUGGAUUGUGGGAAUCUCCUUUUCCAGCUAUUUCCCCUUUCCUUUCUGUCCUAUUUGUGUGUAUGUGUGUGCGUGUACGCGCCUGUGUGUGUGUGUAUAUAUAUAUAAUAAUAUAUAUAUGUUUGCUGGAAGAUUGUGGAAGUGGGAAGGGAGCUGGCACCGGAACCAGAUUUCCCUUGUGUAUUUAACUGCCCCACUGCUGAACUGUGUUGCAGACAGAUGAUUUUAUGGAGGAAAGGAGAAGAGGGGAACCAGCCCAGCCAGUGUGCAAAGUGAAUACCUGUAGCGUCAGUGCUAGUGCUUUCAAUCACUCCUGUUACUUCCAAACAAGAAACUGCUGUUUGGGAACUCGUUGCUGCUAGAAGAAAUGGGAAUCUCUUUCCCAAGAGAGCACUCUCCCUCUCUGUUCUUAGAGUGGGCUUAGUUAUCCUCACUGCGUGAAGGGGGGAUCGGUCACAGAUUUCCACGCUCAGCGGCUCUGUGCUCACACACACAAUCAACAUGUUUUAUCGCCAUCAGCCCUCUGGCUGUGGCUCUGAGUGAAAACACCUGGACAACGUCGGCUAUGGAAAGUGCGCGCGAGUUUGUGAGAGGUGAGAAGGGGAUUGACCAGGCUGCCGAGCCGAGAUUGGUUUUACACUGGCGCCUCUAUCUGAAGGUCUGUAAAUGCAAUUCGUUAUUUAAACCCAGUGGGAAAGUAGAAGACCUUCGACUUCUAUCCUUGUCCCAGCUGUAGGUUGGUUUACUCAACGCAAAGCUACUUCUGGAGCAGUGCACUUGUCAUGGUUCAUACAAACAGUCUGUCGUGCUAUUGUUUAGGCCCGCACUUUAACGAGACUAUCCACAACAACGAAAGAACAACUGUGAUAUGCUGGUAUUUUCGCUGAGCUCAGUCCAUGAGUGCACUGGUGCUUGUCAUAUUCCUGGGAUGUCUCCUCCUUUUUCAGUCUGUAUCCAAUAUACUCCAGAUAGGAAAAAACCUGCCUGAGGAUUAUAUAAAGACCUAAAACACAUCAUGGAUUCCCCUUCUUCCUUCUGUCCCAAUCUGAGUCGCUUUUAAAGUCACCUCAUUAAAGUGUGAAUCUCUUGAAUAUAUGUUUUUUAAAUGAGCGUUAGGUACUCAGCCCCUUUUCCCUUUCGAUAGAGCCUGCUUAGUGCAAUUUGGCAAGGAGGAAACGCGUAUGGUGAUAUCCUGCUUCACAAUGCAUUGCCUAGACUAAGUUAGGGCUUCUCUUGUGAUAUUCUCAAGAACACAAAAAUCCUGCUGGAGUAUUUGAGAGUUUUAAAUAUAAAAGGUCAAAAAAAUCUAACAAGUCUUGGGAGAGGAGUGCAUCCCUUCCCUGCAGUGUCACAAUCAAGUAGUCCAAAGUGAGGAUCACACAGAGAAAACCAUCUGGGAAUAUUUAUUAGAUCUGAUGGGGAAGAAAUGACAGGGUAUAUUGUGUUUGGCGUUUGAACUUCCCACACCCUUUGCGAGGAUUGUCACGCUGCUGCGGUUUGAGCUGAAGACUCACAAGAUAAAAAUGAAUGUCUAGGAGGCUGGUUUAGCACAGCCGCCCGUGUCCUUACGGGAAGGGGGUCUGGUAACAAAGCGUCUCUCCGGUACGCGUUUUGAAAUGGUUUGCAAACCAUCGGGUGGGAAAAGCAAAGGACAAGAUGGGCUCUCCGGUCGAGUUGUGUCUCUAAGAACUUGCUCCUGAAGCAGUGUGGUAAAUCUGGAAGAGGACUCUAGGCAUUGCUGUGUCGUGUAAAACAGAGGGAGCUGGAGCGGGAACGGGGUAACACGCAGCUCCCGUCUCUGGCUUUUCCUCGGAGGUGGGCGAUUAGAGGUGUGACUUAGGGGACAUGGUGUAGUUCUGCACACUAACAUUGUGUGGUUUUGUGGUGCAAAUAGACAGUCAAAAAUAAGUCUAAGAUUCUGCAGUUCCUAAUGACAGGUGCCAAGAGGUUAUGAUACGGGUUUUUGGGGUCUGUGAUGUACAGUGUGAAUAAAUGCUUGCAGCUCUUAGUCUUUUUUUGAUCGAUGAAGCACUUUUUUAUUAAUAUUAUUUUUCUUUGUAUGUAAAGGAGGAACCAGUAUCUCUCCAUAGCUGUAUAUAUAACCCUUCUCUCCUAAAGAGAGUAAAGUGCUCCUAUAUUUUUCAUUUUUGUCAAAGCGAGAAGUAAAUACUUUAGAAUUGUUAAAUAUAUAAAUAAAAGUGAAUAAAGUUUAGAAUUUUGCAUGGGAGCAUUUGCUAACACACUUUCUAGUUUUUUAUUUUUCUUUCCUGUCCUUCAUAGGAGAUAUAUUUGAGGUUCAGCAGAAACACCAAGGCCUUUGAAAAAGGAGGCUGCAGCAGCCUCCCCUUGCUUUCGCUUCCAUUGUGUCUUCGCAAGGAACAACAAACUGUUGCUCCUAAACUUCGAAGAAAAAUUACCCAGCUUGGUUUUCCUGGUGCACCAGGAGUCCCAGGGAGGGGGGAGAGGUCACCAACCAGACAGGUGCUCUCUGUACAACCGGCACGGUUUUCUCAGGGGCUGGAGAACUGUGUAAGAGUUCUGCCCCUUGGUACCUCGUUUUUCUUCUUCCCCUUCACUGACCAUCACGUGUCAGAGUGUGAUCCAGUGAUGCCAGCCCAAAUGUAGGAGUGGCCCAGGUUGCCAGGGAGCUCACCCUGCUUUCAGUAGCAUUUGGCAGAGGAAACUUUUCCCUUUCCCUUUCCCUUUCCCUUUCCCUUUCCCUUUCCCUUUCCCUUUCCCUUUCCCUUUCCCUUUCCCUUUCCCUUUCCCUUUCCCUUUCCCUUUCCCUUUCCCUUUCCCUUUCCCUUUCCCUCUGCGGUGAGCAAGCAGCAGCACUCGCUGCAGUGGCAGCACGGGGGGGAGCAGAGCUUCAUUCUCGUUUGCACACUUUCUGCCUUAUUUGCGAUGCUGGCUGGUGGAGCUGUAGCUCUUGGGGAACAAACCAAACUCACUCAGGUUUAACAUCUCUUAAUCUUUUCCCAGAAGGUGAAAAACCCAACUGCAAAAGUCUCUUGCACAAAGGCUCUCGUUUUCCUAGGGCUGUUCGGUUGUUUCAGCAGCGUGGCUGCAGGCACUUCCAUCACAUGAGCUCAUCCUCAUCACUUCUUACAUAUUUUAGGUCGAGGGAGAGGAUUUGUCCUGAAUUCUCAGGGAGAUUGAAGAGCUUCUUGAGCAACUGUGAGUUCUUUUGGGGCAGGCCUGUCCUAGUCACAAGGUGUUGUGCACAAUUGCUUUAUAAUCUGAAGGUGUUUAUUUAAUCAAAUAAAACUGCAGAUUCUGGGCAGAGCUGUGAUCGCAGCUGGUGGUAGUAUUUUCAGCUUCAAGAAUUAAAAGAAAAAAAGGUACAUACAAUGUUUUGCACUAUUAAGAACAUGCAAAGGAACAGCAGGUUUUCAGUUACCCACCAGAAUUUGAUUUCAUAUAGCUCCUUUCAUACUUGAGUUCCUUCUGAGUGCUUUUUCAGUAACUCACUCCUCUAGCACAGCGGCUGCAGGCUGUGUGCGUGCCACCACUCGGCCCUGGACACGGCGCUUCUUGGAUGUUCCCCGUUACGGAAACGCGGAGCAAACCCCGUGAGUCCUGCGCGGGAGUCGGAGGACUUUUACCUUCCACGUAGUGAAGCCAGAAGCAUCACCGGCCUGGCAGCUCUGCUAGGGGAGCACCCAAGUGGCGUUUCCAGUGAGCGAUUCUUCCUAACGAACGCCCUUUCCUCUUUUCUUUCGUUACAGCUCUUAAAAAGCCCAAAAGCCCAAAGGGAGAGCAGAGCUGCUGUCACAGCGCGCAGCUUCGGUGCUGGCUGGCAUGCUGUGAUUUUCUUAAAACGACCCCCUCGUGCACAGGCCCUGUGAGCAGCUUAUGUGAUCGGGGUGAGGGAAAAGCCCAUCUCUUUGAACGCCCCCCGGCCCCAGGCAGGACAGCAGCGAGCCCAGCAUCUCCCGGUGGGAGCAGGAGGGGGUGGGCAGCAGCGAUGCUGCAGGCUGGGCGCAGCUUCAUUGUACGGGAGGGCGAGGUAGCAGCAGCACAGGGGAUGAAAAGCCAAAGGCUCUUCCUCUGGGGGUGAAGGGGAAGAGGCUGUGGAGAAGCACGCGCUGCGCAGGAGGGGCUGCCGCGGCGGGAUGGGGUCCAGGCCAGGAGAGGCUUUGAACUGAGGCUGCAAAGGGAACAGCCGCAUGCAGGAACGCUGAGCUGAUGCUGAGGUCGUGUAACAGAUACGGGGUGUCCGGAUAUUUGUGGUUGUUCUAUAAUUGUCCCUGUAGUAGGUCCGGAAUUACUCAGCACAAGGAAUUGAGGAAACAGGGUCCAGAGGCAGUUACGAGACGGCGUCAAGCUGGGCUGUGCUGGAAGGAGACGCAGAGAAGUGGCUCAGACGCUGCCGAGCGGAGGCCGGUGCUCUGGGCUCGCUCACAUGCAGGGGCCCGAUCAGGUUUUACAGCAGCUUCAGAGCAGCCCUCAGCCAGGUUCCGUGGCUUGGCAUCGCUUGGGAAUUGCUAGAGAGUUACAUGGAGUUACCUUUUGUGCUUAAAAAGCAAAACCAGCGAUUUAGGCUCCGAGUCGAACAAGGAACGUGAGCAAACGCAGCUCCCGCUCGUGCAGCGCCCGCAGACGGGUGCGUUCGCUGUGAGGAGCCGUGGUUGCUCCUGCUGGUGGGUUUUUCUCUAAAGGACACGCAGGCGAUGCUCCUGCGGGCCGUCCCAUACCCCUACAGCCAGACAGACUGCUGAAGCCAGGGCGUGUGAAGUUUCUGGUUUGCAAUAUUUUUAAUUAUUUUUAUUAUUUUUACAAUUCAACUCGCUUCUUUGUUAAACAGGGAAUCCACCAGCAUUAGAGCAGGAUGCAGAAACAGAAAUGGAGCCUUUCAAUAGAGCCGCUUCUGUACAAACCUUUAUCUCUCUUGCUGACCCCACACCAUAAAGAAAUGCCAUUUCUUGGGCAGAGGGACAACAGAUUCCCAUCUCUUCAUUUCACACUCAAAACGCAGGCAUUGGAGCUCAGAUUGUAGCAUUUCGGGAUCGAAGAUUACCGUACUCUUCAACUUUCAAAUUUUUUUAAAUGCUGCUAAAGUUUUAUCUUACUAUUUAACAAACAUUUUUAAAACUGAUUUCCCAGAGUUGUUAUGAAAUGAUUUUUACCUUGCAGUGGCAACAGGUGAUGCAUUUGAUUGUAAUUUUUUUUGGUGGAAUUUGUAUUAAAAUGACAUCUGAAGUCUUGAUUAAUAACUUCAAGAACAUUAAAUGUUUUAAAACAGGCAAUCCUAUGAGAGCAGAGAGCUGUUUAGCAGCAGCAUAAAGUGUUAGACCCUAGUGCUUAUUUGUUUGUAACAGCAUUUAUUCUGCUGUAGCCUCAGAGUGAAUAUUUAGAUCUUAAUAAAUUUGUCAUUUCCUACAC